AUGACAAUUCUUACUAAUCGAUCAUUUCUUGAUAUUAACUGUCUCUUAUUAGAUGUCAUUAUCAAAGUUCUUAUAGUCUUCAAUGAUUGGCUUAAUACAUGUGUUUCUAUUAAACAAGCUGUAAAUGUUAGAAAAAGUGUUCGGUUCAAUAAAACUAAAAGUAGACAAAUAUCCAAAUGGGUUAUAUUAAUUAUUCUAAUUGUUAUAAUUCUAACACAUCUUCAUGAUCCAAUUCAUCGUCAAUUAAUUGAUGAUAUCGAUAUCGUUGAAAAACGUAUAUGGUGUAUAGUACAAUAUUCUUCUUCGAUUAGUACUUGGAAUUCAUUUAUUACUUUCAUUCAUUUUUUAAUGCCUUUUUUAAUCAAUUUAAUGGGUAUAAUCUUUACUAUUAUUUCAAUUGCUCGUUCGCGUUCAAAUUUACAAAGAAGAUUACCAUUCAUCGAUCAUCUACGAUUACAAUUAAAACAACAAAGAUCUCGUUUUGUCGCAUCAUUUGUAUUCAUAUUAUUAGCAUUAGUACGAUUAGUCACUUCAUUUACAAAUGGAUUACCAUUUUUAUCAUCAAUGAUGACAUUCUUUGUCUAUGUAUUACCAUCAAAAACAUAUAAAGAUGAAUUUAAUCUGUCAGUCAUGCAAAAACUUCGACGAAUUCGUUCUUUAUGUUAA